CGCUGUCAUAACGCUGCAUUGGCUGUAGCGGCUGGUUCAUUAAACUUUAUUGACAACAAGCUCAGUAAACACGGAAGAAGAUGGCAGGAGCUGAGAGAGCAGGACUGAGCUUGUUAUUCAUGGUGAGCCCAGAGCCCAGUGAUAGAUCAUCCAAUACAGGAUAGACCCACCUACCUGCACAGCCUGCCCUGCUACCUACCGCCAGUGUGCUCAGUGCUGCCCCCACUGCACAGCCACAGUGUAUGGGGGAUAUAGGGUGUAUGGGGGGGAUAUAGGGUGUAUGGGGGGGAUAUAGGGUGUAUGGAGGGGAUAUAGGGUGUGUGUGGGGGAUAUAGGGUGUGUGUGGGGGAUAUAGGGUGUAUGGAGGGGGUAUGGAGUGUAGGGGGUAUGGGGGGAGGGGGCUAUAGGGGGUAUGGGUGUCACUGAACGGACAAUAAAAUAUCCAAACUGUGACUAUAAUCAAAUCUGGACAGUCUGCCUCAUCCUGCAAUCAGACUCUGAGCUCACUAUAAAUUAACUUAAAUUAUGAAUUAUCAGAAUUAUUUAUUGUCCCUUAUUCUCUGUAUUGCCCAUAUUGUCGAACGAGGGCAGAUUUUAAAGUACUAUAAAUCCUCCUCUAGUUAUUCUUUAGUAACUGUGCUUGUAGCGUGUGGUAUGGAUUACAGAUACGGUUUGUAGCGUGUGGUAUGGAUUACAGAUACGGUUUGUAGAGUGUGGUCUGGAUUACAGAUACGGUUUGUAGAGUGUGGUCUGGAUUACAGAUACGGUUUGUAGAGUGUGGUAUGGAUUACAGAUACGGUUUGUAGAGUGUGGUAUGGAUUACAGAUACGGUUUGUAGAGUGUGGUAUGGAUUACAGAUACGGUUUGUAGAGUGUGGUAUGGAUUACAGAUACGGUUUGUAGAGUGUGGUAUGGAUUACAGAUACGGUUUGUAGAGUGUGGUAUGGAUCACAGACCUGGUUUGUAGCGUGGGGUAUGGAUCACAGACCUGGUUUGUAGCGUGGGGUAUGGAUCACAGACCUGGUUUGUAGCGUGGGGUAUGGAUCACAGACCUGGUUUGUAGCGUGGGGUAUGGAUCACAGACCUGGUUUGUAGCGUGGGGUAUGGAUCACAGACCUGGUUUGUAGCGUGGGGUAUGGAUCACAGACCUGGUUUGUAGCGUGGGGUAUGGAUCACAGACCUGGUUUGUAGCGUGGGGUAUGGAUCACAGACCUGGUUUGUAGCGUGGGGUAUGGAUCACAGACUGGUUUGUAGCGUGGGGUAUGGAUCACAGACCUGGUUUGUAGCGUGGGGUAUGGAUCACAGACCUGGUUUGUAGCGUGGGGUAUGGAUCACAGACCUGGUUUGUAGCGUGGGGUAUGGAUCACAGACCUGGUUUGUAGCGUGGGGUAUGGAUCACAGACCUGGUUUGUAGCGUGGGGUAUGGAUCACAGACCUGGUUUGUAGCGUGGGGUAUGGAUCACAGACCUGGUUUGUAGCGUGGGGUAUGGAUCACAGACCUGGUUUGUAGCGUGGGGUAUGGAUCACAGACUUGGUUUGUAGCGUGGGGUAUGGAUCACAGACCUGGUUUGUAGCGUGGGGUAUGGAUCACAGAUUCGGUUUGUAGAGUGUGGUUUGGAUCACAGAUACGGUUUGUAGCAUGUCUUGUGGAUCACAGACACGGUUUGUAGCGUGUGGUAUGCGUCACAGAAACGGUUUGUAGCGUGUGCUAUGCGUUACAGAUACGGUUUGUAGCGCGUGGUAUGGGCCACAGACACGGUUUGUAGCGCGUGGUAUGGGCCACAGACACGGUUUUGUAGCGCGUGGUAUGGGUCACAGACACGGUUUGUAGCGCGGGUUAUGGGUCACAGACACGGUUUGUAGCGCGGGGUAUGGGUCACAGACACGGUUUGUAGCGCGGGGUACGGUUUGCGUCCCUGCUAACUAUAUAAUUGCUGUCAGACUUAAGAAAUUUUAAAGGGAUACUACAGACCCCUAAUGCAGUUUAGCUUAAAAGUUUGUGUGUCCUUGUUUUUAUUUUACAAAAAGUGCAGAUUUUAAUAUAAAUUGGGGUCAGAAGGGGAAAGCAGCAGACAAGAACUACAGCUUAUACAAGCUGUUUCUAGAUAUACCCAGAGUGGGAAAAAAUGCAUAAUUAAAUGUAUGUUUUCAUUGAGGGUAUAUCUACUACAUUGUUAAAUAAGAUCCACAUUUUUGUUUUUAAUACCUAAUAUAUUUUUGCUUUUGUAAUUAAAUGUGUUCUCCCAAUGUCAGGCCAUAUUUACCACCAUGUAUAUUUUUUCAAUUCUCUUAGGACAUGUGAAGGCAACAUCCCUACAGUCAAGAAGUAUGUGAAGUUAAGUUGAAAGAAGUGAAAAUGUACAGAGAAAGAAAACUUCAGCGCCACGACCCUUCUACUUCAUCAGAGACUAAUGAAAGUGAAGUGGCAUCAUCUUCUGACACAUUAUCUUCUUCCCAAAAUGGGUUAAAAACGAAGACUCAUUUCCCGUUUUGCCUAUUGCCUGUUGAUUGCCAACUCUACAUUUUUUCAUUCCUCUCAGAGGUUGAGAAAUGCACUGCUGCACUGGUUUGUUCAAACUGGAGCAAACUGAUGCGCACUCCUCGUUUGUGGAGAGUCGCUGACUUCAUGAGGUUGGGCGCUUUUAUCUCUGGUAUGGAUGGUGUGUUGGCAUCGUUUCGGGAGUUUGAGAGGUGGAAAGAGUGGGUGCACCAAUAUGCCUACCAUUUGGCAUCCCGUGGAGCCAGCUUGCUGGUCCUCCGGGCCAGCUUUGAUCUUGGUGACCAAAGGACCAAGUGGGCAGAUUUCCUUCUGCAGUUCCUGGACAGAGUUCAUUGUGGAGAAUUAAGAGAGCUGGAGCUGAACUGGACUUUAACACACUUGGAGCCUUUGGAUUUGUAUCCUCCUGAGAGCAUGGCCCAAAUAUGCAUGGCAAAGACAGACCAGUUCAAUAGUUUUCAGACACUUUUUAAGCAGCUAACCCGAACUUCUCCAAAACUGAGCCGUAUGAAACUCCCUUUUGAUUGGUCAGAGCAUUCAGUUUCUCUCCUCACACAUUUCCAACAUCUGAGCACAUUGGAGUUAAACUACUUCUGGGUGUUCAAAGGGGUCCAACCAGAGACUAUGCAAAAACUUACAAGGUCUCUUCCAAAGUUAAAGACUUUGAUCCUUCAGAUUUUGGUCCCGGUGAAGGACCUUGGAGUCUCCUAUCCCCUGGAAUCCAAGUCUUUGGAGUUUUUAGAUGUCUCUCAGAGCCGUGGACUUGUCUUUAACCAUCUAGAUUUACCUUCCCUUAAAGAACUCCGGGUGAAGAAAACUAUUAGGGGUAUCAUUCUAAAUCGCAGAACCCGUGUGGCGCUCCAGACUCGCUGGACAUGUUUGUAUGACCUUUUAAAAUCUGGGACCCCUAAACUUCAGGUAUUCAACUCCCACAGAUUAUUGCCUUGCUGGCCAACACAGAGUUACCUGGAGCUCAGUGAAGUUUUGUUGCAGUCCUGUUACUGCAUUCAGCACACUGACACGUGGCUCCUUUAACUCCUGGGAUUCGAAGGAAGCGAGAAUACACUUGCCUUUUAUAGAUUUUAGGCACAGAGUGAAUGGUUGAACCAUUUAUUAAAGCAGACAAAGCUGAGCAGGAUUUUUUUGUGCAUGGUAUAUGUUAUAAACCUUUCUUGAUUUGCCUGUGCAGUAACUGUGUUAACACAGCAUUACCACCACAAUUUUCUACAAUCUUGAGCCCAUUCCCAAGGCUAAAUGCAGUGGUUUUAUCAUGGCCCAAAAUUUCCAGUAGAAUAUAAGUAAAUUCAUUAUAGUGGUCACUGCAGUUCCAGACUCCACACUGUGCUGUCACAAAUGCCCCGCUACCAAAUAAAUGGCAGCUAAAAGUCCCCCCACCAUGUUAGCUAAAUAAAGUGUCCUGAGUCGAGCAUACAAUGGGGCUGUUUCUACAAUCAGAUGGUAAUGUUUCUACGACAUAAUAUACUUUCACAUGUAAGAGGAGUAUGCGAGUUCGGUAUCAACAUGGUCCUUUCCAUUGGUGUUACUGUAGAUGUUGCUAUGUAUAGCACAUAAUCUUUUUCUUUCUUUUUAUUCUAUUUUUUACAUACAUUCGACUGUCACCUAGCACAACCAACAUUUAACGAAACACUAACAUUCGGAAUACAAACGUGUGCUGAGUGUUUUCCUAUCUGGUCAGAUUCAGGGUCCCCAUAACAAGUAAAAUAAAGACGUUUUACUCACUAUUGGUUCCUUGCCCUGCUGAUCUUGUCACAUCCACCCCUCCUACCCCCUGGCAAAGCUUAAUAUCACUGACACAUUGGGGGGGUAAGUGCACAUGCACAGCAAUCAGCAUCUCCUCAUAGUUAAUUGGCUCACUGCAUUGCUAUGGGAAGCGUUCAGCAUUGUCAUGCAGAGUUUGACUACAUAAGAGAUUGCGGAAGUUGUCAGAGUAUUUUAUUAUCUGAUUGACAGCCCCUAGAGGUGGCCGUAUGGACAGUAGUAAACACUGCCUUUUCUCAGAGAUUGCAGUUUUUACAGUAGUCAGAUUGCAGGGAAAGGCUCUGUGCCGCACCCCUGCUACAUUAGGCUGUAUGGGUUCUGGUGUUUAGAGUUUCUUUAAGACUUUUGUCCUACAGAAUUAAAGUAAUAUCAUGCUUCCAGUAAAUGACUUUCUUGGAGGCACUCAAUAAAACAAAAACACAAUUUCACUCUCCUUUCUCUUAAUUAUGUCUAUAUUAAAGGGACAUGAUAGUCACCAGAGCAACUCCAACUUAAUAUAUUUGUUCUGGUGAGUAGAAUCAUUGCCUUCAGGCUUUUUUCAGUAAACACUGUCUUUUCAUAGAAAAGUUCAGUGUCUCCAUGCACUGAACUUUCCUCAUAGAGAUGCAUAAAUUCAAUGUAUCUCUAUGAGGAGAUGCUGAUUGGCCAGGGCUGUGUUUGACUUGUGCUGGCUCUGCCCCCGAGCUGCCUCCUAGACCACUCCUAGACCGUCUCAGCAAAAUCCAAUGCUUUGCUGUGAGAAAGCAUUGUGAUUGGCUUUGAGUGACACUUCUGAUGAUGUCAGCCAAGUAGGCAGAUCAGGGGCAGUGCCAUCAGCUGCAGGCUGGAAUAAAAAUACGAUUUUGCGAUAUUUGAGGGGGUAGGGGGAACUAGAUGGUGGCUGUAACACUAUAGGGUCAGAAAUAC